UUUGCAAGGAUCUGCAGACGCGGCUAGAUAAAUAAUGCAGCUGCCUCUUGUGCAAAGUCCGGGCUGAUGUGUGUGCGUGUGUUUGCGCGCGCGCGCCGCGAACUCUGAUACCACCGGGGAUAGAAGGCUGAUUAAAUCUCACUGAUAUGAUAAGGGAAGUCACGUGGAGAGACAGACAGAGAGAGAGAGAGCCGGGGAGGAAUGCAUGGGGUUUGUUUACUGCAGCAACCGGAGGCUGCGAAGUGGAGAGAGAGACCCCGCAUCCCUUCGCUUCCUUGCUCUGCCUUGGGCUCGCCAAAGGAUGCUGGAGAGAGGAUGCGAUUCUGCAAGGUGUAGAAUCGCGCAUCAGCCGAUGUAAAAGCAACCGCAGCGACAACGACGAAAAUCCCGAAGCAGCCAUUCGCCUAUAAUGGGACCGGGCAUCCGGGAGUAUCCCUUUCCGCUGCGCGCAGGGAGCCUGCAAAACGAAGCUCCGGCCCAUGAGAUCCUCGAAGGAAAAGGAAUGGUAACUUCCAGUGGAGGAAAGAGCCACCCAAAUGCCAAGGAAAUCAAGAAAUCACCUCCACAUAUAAGACCUUCUCCCAGCAGACUUGGCAAAAAUAUUUCAGCCACUACUGAAAAGACUUCCUGUCAUGCAACAGAACACAAGCAGACAACUCUUCACUACAAAGAAAAAAACCAACUUUGUGAAAAUCUCCAACAAAAUAGAACAACAAAUGUUUGCACUUCUUCAUACAAAGCGCCAAGGUUAAAAAAGGAGCCUCUGGUCAGAAAGUAUUACGAGGCUGGAAUGAGCAAAAUCCCUUCUGUGUUUAAGGAUGCUUCCUGGAGUGAUUCCAGCAGAGCAGAAGAUGGGCUGACUCAGAGUUUUUGUUGCGAGCAAAAAGGCAAUUUAGAGAGAAACUCUGGAGGGCAUUCAGCUGAAGCAGACCCCUACAGCCCCGGAUAUCAAAGUGUCUCUGCUGACGCGAUGUUUCUUGACUUCGAAUCCAUCCGGAUCAUGAAAGACGAUUCUGAUCAGGACAGCGCCAGUGACCUUUCUGACUCGGAAAGAAUCCCCAUUCCCCCUUCGCCUUGCACCCCACCGGAACUCAACCUGAGAGCGGAGGAGAUUGACCCUCUGUGCUUCGAAUACCUCUUUGACACAAAAUUCAAGCAGCCCGAUUACUAUUACCCGGACUUCCUGCCGCCCCCUUUCAACACAUGGGACUUGAAAGGGCUGGUAGCAUUCGUCAACACAGAAUGCAAAUCAGAAUCUCGGCCAGAGCCGGCAGGGACGCUUGAGAAGUACGUCGACCGGCUUUUGGAGCUGGAGUGGCUGCAGAUGCAGACGAUACAGGCUGAGAAGGGGAAGGCGGCCAAGACAAGGCCUCAGACUGCUCCCGGUGCCCUCCGGACCUUAAAAAGCCCUGGCAAAAACAAACCAUUGCACAGUCCUUUUGCACAGAAACAGCUGACUGUCCAUGAAGGUUCUCCAAGAGUCCUCGCUGGCCAGCAGGGUCACAAAAGAGAGUUGCAUGGCGAAGGACCCAGCCAGGUCGUUCCCUAUGAAGGUCAGUUGAGAACAGCUGAAGCAACGUGUGGCUUCUCAGCUCGCCCCAGGCGACCUUGUGAAGCACGAGGUGAAGCCAAAAAGCGGCCUACCGCCAAGCAGCAGUUGGUCAGUAAGCAUCCUCCUGAUAGUAGCUCUAUAAUCCAGGGAGCUGGCAACAUCAGGCCACCCAAGCAAGCCUCUUCCUUCCACAGUUCAGCUGCCCCUCUCAAGGGGCUGCCAGCCCACGCCUGCCCAAAUCCCAAAAAGAACGGGAAUGCUGGUAAUUACGUUCCUGCCAAAAAAGUUUCGGCGGAUAAGAAGCUAAAGGCAAAUGGCACGAAGCAAACACCAUGUAAAUUUAAAUAACGCUGCAGUAGCAGAGUUUGCUGUUCUUGUUGCUGUGGGGCUUGGCAAUCCUUUCUGUGUGGCAAAGAGCUAGAAUAGCAGUUCGAGUGCUGUGGAGAAGGAAGAAAUAUGCUCCUCCCUGAUUUCCUUGCCAUGCAUUGUGAUUGGACUUGGUGUCAGAGGUCUGGUUCACCCUUCCCCAAUCAACACAACCCAGGAAGCUAAGUGCCCCAUCCCUUGUGGUGACUCCCACUGCAGCGGCCAGUGGGAAAAGGGUCUUGCUUUUCAUGAUACACUGAUAAAAACCUGCUCAAAGCCCACCCGAUCUUGUUCUUACACUGAUUUGAAAUAUCUGGUUCUGAAGUGGUCAGGCAAUAACCCUUUUCCUUUCUGUUGAGCUAAGUUUUCUCAGUUUGUUGUUUUUUUAACAAGAAAAUGCUGUUGUGAGGUGGGAGGACCUUGCUGUUUUCCCAGGGUUACUUCAAAGUGUGCUGUUAUGCGGUGAAAUAGCGAUAUGCUCGUAAGGAAACAACAACAGCAGCAGCAAUUUAUUAUUCUUAUGCUGCCCGUCUGACUGGGUUGCCCCAGCCACUCUGGGCAGCUUCCAACAAAUUAUAAAACUGUAGUAAAACAUCAGAUAUUAACAAACAACACAUGCUUGUUUCCAAACAAGCUUACCGUUGCUAUAAUCGCAUCUCGAUUUUACUGCACAGGGAUGCAUUUAUAAGCACCAAUACAUGCAGAAAACUCAUGGGAAUUUUCCCCCUGUUUAAAAUGAUACUGCAGACUUGCUACAUUUGGAGAAACAAUGAUUUAUUUGCUUUAAUCAGGGAAGUUUCAAAUAGAAUGGGAACGCAUUGUUUUGGGGACAGUCGUAUGAGAAGAACCUUGGGGGUGAUGAAUAUGUAC